GCGGCGCUAGCUCCGCGAUGGCUGCGCUGAACGGCGCGGUGGAGAACGGGCAGCCGGACAAGAAGCUGCCCGCGCUGCCUCGGCCCGUGGGGAACCUGCAGAUCCGGCACACCAAGAUAUUUAUUAACAACGAAUGGCACGAGUCCAUGAGUGGAAAGACGUUUCCCACAUAUAAUCCCUCAACGGCUGAGAAAAUCUGUGAUGUAGAGGAAGGUGAUAAGCCCGACGUAGAUAAGGCAGUAGAGGCAGCGAAAGCAGCAUUCCAGAGAGGAUCUUUAUGGAGACAAAUGGAUGCCUUAAGCAGAGGAAGGCUCCUCCACAAACUAGCCGAUCUCAUCGAGCGAGACAGAGUCAUUUUGGCGACCUUGGAAACUAUGGACACAGGGAAACCUUUUCUUCAUGCCUUCUUCAUUGACUUGGAAGGCUGUAUAAAGACACUUAGAUAUUAUGCUGGGUGGGCUGAUAAAGUCCAAGGCAGAACUAUCCCAGUGGAUGAAAAUGUUGUCUGUUUCACCAUGCAUGAACCGAUGGGGGUCUGUGGGGCUAUAACGCCGUGGAACUUUCCAUUGCUCAUGCUUGUUUGGAAGAUGGCACCGGCACUGUGCUGCGGGAACACACUGGUUAUUAAACCAGCUGAGCAGACACCCCUCACUUCCCUCUACAUUGGUUCCUUAGUCAAGGAGGUGGGCUUUCCUCCCGGUGUGGUAAACAUUGUGCCAGGAUAUGGCCCCACAGCUGGGGCAGCCAUUUCCGCCCAUCAGAAUAUUGACAAAAUAGCUUUCACUGGAUCAACAGAGGUUGGAAAACUGAUCAAGGAAGCCGCCUCUAAAAGUAAUCUCAAACGGGUGACACUGGAGCUUGGAGGGAAGAACCCCUGCAUUGUGUGUGCAGAUGCUGACUUGGACUUGGCGGUCGAAUGUGCCCAUCAAGGAGUUUUCUUUAAUCAAGGCCAGUGCUGCACUGCUGCCUCUCGAGUAUUUGUGGAGGAGCAGAUCUACCCGGAAUUUGUCAAGCGCAGCGUUGAGUAUGCCAAGAAACGACUCAUUGGAGACCCAUUCGAUGCCAAAACUGAACAAGGGCCACAGAUUGACCAAAAACAGUUUGAUAAAAUUUUGGAGCUGAUAGAAAGUGGGAAGAAAGAAGGUGCCAAGCUGGAGUGUGGGGGAUUAGCCAUUGGAGACAGAGGUCUGUUCAUAAAACCCACCGUGUUUUCAGAGGUUACCGACAACAUGCGAAUUGCCAAAGAAGAGAUUUUUGGACCAGUGCAGUCAAUAAUGAAGUUCAAAAGUAUAGAAGAGGUCAUAAAAAGAGCGAAUAACACUGAAUAUGGACUCACAGCAGCCGUGUUCACAAAGAAUCUGGACAGAGCUCUGACAUUAGCUUCUGCGCUGGAGUCCGGAACAGUCUGGAUCAACUGCUACAAUGCCCUUUAUGCACAAGCUCCUUUUGGUGGCUUUAAGAUGUCAGGAAAUGGCAGAGAACUUGGUGAAUACGCUCUGGCAGAAUAUACUGAGGUGAAAACAGUCACUAUUAAACUAUCCCAGAAGAAUCACUGAGAGAGCUGGAGGCCUAAAAAUUCUGACACUCUGAAUGUGACACGCAGACAUGGGGGACAAGUUCAAAACAUGGGGAGAGGGGUGGGAGGAAGAAAACAGCACUUCUUAUUUUCAAAGAGAACUUUUUUACUUUUUAUAGAAACUUUUUGAAUCUACUGGACUUUGAAUGCUCGUCGAUUAGCUUUUGGAGACAGAAUUUAAUUGACCUAUCAGCUGUUCAUUCUGUGCCCUCACAUGCUGUAUGCUGCAUUCAGUGGACUAGUCCUUGGCUUUACAUCAGUCUCUUACCAGUGACCAAACUUCUGGUCACACGGUGCUUUAUAGAAAGUUUGUUUUUAUCAUACCGUGGCUUUGAAGGCAAAAUCACCCCCAAUGCCAUAUUAGAGAGACCCAAGGCAUCACUAGCAUGGAAUGUUGAAAGACCUGUGGACUUUAGCUGGUAUAAACCAACAUAGCUCCAUUGACUUCAGUGGCAUUGCUGCUGAUAUAAGCCUGUAUAACAGCACUGAAAUAACAGGAGUUAUAUUGGGGGGAAGAGGAGAAUUGAGCCCUGUGGGGCGGGGAAGUUUAUUUCUGUUUUUGUGGAAGGUUAUGUAAAGCACUUUUAUCUGAAAGUUGUCUUGGUCUCUCUAAUACACACACAUCCUCCAUAAUGGUGAUAGCAUAGCCCCAUUGACGUCAAUAGGGGUUUUGCCAUCGACUUCAGUGAGACCAGUUUCAUCCUACAUAUUUAGACUUGAGGAGGAGGGCAAGUUUUGUAUCCCUUGUAUUGUGAUGCAUGUACUCUACUUGUACUGAAAGCAAGUCAUUGACUCUCACUAACCUGUCUGGCUUCAGAAGAGUUCAUACAGUGUAUGAUAAAUCUUCACUAAGGCACUUUUCACAAGAGGAUUUUGCACUGCAUCUACAGUAAUGACGCCAGCGCUUCUGCCAGCCUUGUAGCAGGGCAUGCACACUGCAGAAAACAUCCAUGGGCUAGAAACCCAAAUGGAAAUCUUCCAAAAGAAACAGAAGGCUGGAGAGAUAGCAAAACAUGUCUCAUUUCUCUGCCAUCAUUUUUAUCCCAACAUGUGAAUCUCAUUUUGUUCAGCUGGAGCUGUUCUUUAUGUUGAGCAGGAUUAGUAAACUCCCCUAAACCUCUGUUUGUUUUUUCCCCCGCCCCCAGAUGAAUGUAAUUUAACAUAGAUUUCUGAAAAUAUGCUGUGAAAAAGACAUUGCUCCCAGGCCAGGACUGUUAUGCAAAGUUUCAACUGUCUCCAUUUCAUGGACUAAAUCACCUAGGGUCUAUGCUGGAGGAAGCCAUCGUGCAACCUGUAGCUGGGC